AUUUGCUCUGUGUCGAUAUCUGGAAAACCGGGUAAGUAUGGGCUGGUAAUCCCUGCUUUUGACUCGCAGCCGAACAAUCAGACACCCUUCGUCUAGCUUUGCGUCCUCUAUCCAGCUGAAGAACAUCCUCGACGACACAGUACAUCUGGGAGGGUGGCACUGCUAUUCUUUGCGUUACCAAAAGUUUGAUGGUCCUCCCACAUGAAUCUUCGUGUACCGGCCUCGGACUCGAUGCGAAUGUCCUUCGUCAUGGAGGACUACGGCUUCUUAUAAGUGGGCCAGAGCAUUCGCUGUGCACCUUCAUCUGAUCCCGACCUCGAUGGCUGCCACGACCGUCGCUCGAGAGUACUCCGUGACUACUGAUCUCAUCCCGCCGCUCGACCCUUCACGCUUCAAGCCAACUCAGCAAGAGCUCGAGUUCCUCAAGUCUACUAUAUCUGAUGACGAGGAUACGAUACGUGAACGUGUCCUCGAAGUACAGCGAGAAGCAUAUCAGCAAUACCCGUACCCAUGCAUCAGAGCCUUCCACCAUAUUUCCCUCAUGAUGUGCGCUAAUAAAGUAUACCCCCAAGUCGUCAAAGGAGGGAAGGAGAACGGCUGUUUCUUCCUUGAUCUCGGAUGCUGCAUGGGGACGGACGUCCGCAAGCUCGUCGCAGACGGAUAUCCCGCCGACCAUGUUAUCGCCUGUGACCUUCGUGCCACAUUCAUCGAUCUCGGCCUAGACAAACUGUACCGUGACCGUGGAACGUCCCAGAUCACCUUCUUCGCGGGCGACAUCUUCGACUUCACUCCUCACACGUCGUCGCCACAAAUUCAGUCGGUCACCAAAAAACCCUUAUCUACAUGUUCCUCUUUCGACGACGUCGUCGGGAAGAUCUCACAUCUAUAUGUGGGCGCUCUGUUCCACCUUUUUGUUAAGGAUACCCAGCUUGCGCUCGCAGAGAGGCUGGCCCAUAUCUUGAAAAGGGAGAAGGGCUCGGUGAUAUUCGGAAGACAUCAAGGGAAACAGGAAGAGGGGUACCUCGACGACGGCAUGAUGAAGCGAGUUCGAUACGGCCAUUCUCCCGAGUCCUUCAAGAAGCUUUGGCAAGACGUGUUCAGAGCUCUGGAAGGUGAGGACUUUGUUAGAGAACACGUCGUUGUGGAUGCCGAGCUAGGGGAUGCUAUCAUUCCGGGACGAGAUGAUACGAUGAUGUGGUGGAGUGUCGUCAUAAUCUGAGGCGAAAACCAACACGAUUGUGCCACUCGAGCUCUUGCUACAUCUGCUUCUUUCUUUAACAUUUUAGCGUCUCAAAGUCCCUAGCUCGUUGUAUAGCUGUUACAACCACACUGAAUCGUCGUUCGU